UGGGAACAAACUUCCGAACCAGUGAAGGUGCAGGGAGCCGGGUAUUCUCCCAAGGGAGUCAAAGCAGCCGAGGGCCCGCAGCGGGUCAGAGCAGCACGGAGGCCGGUGCUGUCGGGACAAGGUGUCCGGGAUCCCCGAACCCUCUGCGUGGGCCGUGAUCGCUUCCCUCACCAUGCCUCACAAUUCCAUCCGCUCGGGCCAUGGGGGGCUGAACCAGCUGGGUGGAGCCUUUGUGAAUGGCCGGCCUCUCCCUGAGGUGGUACGCCAGCGCAUCGUGGACCUGGCCCACCAGGGUGUGAGACCCUGUGACAUCUCUCGCCAGCUCCGGGUCAGCCACGGCUGUGUCAGCAAGAUACUGGGCAGUAGGUACUACGAGACUGGGAGCAUCCGGCCUGGAGUGAUUGGGGGCUCGAAGCCAAAGGUGGCCACCCCUAAGGUGGUGGAGAAGAUUGGGGAUUACAAGCGACAAAAUCCAACCAUGUUCGCCUGGGAGAUUCGGGACAGGCUCCUGGCUGAAGGGGUCUGUGACAAUGACACUGUCCCCAGCGUCAGCUCAAUCAACAGAAUUAUUCGGACCAAAGUGCAGCAGCCAUUCAACCUCCCCAUGGAUAGCUGUGUAGCUUCCAAGUCUCUGAGUCCAGGACACACCCUGAUCCCCAGUUCAGCUGUGACACCCCCAGAGUCUCCACAGUCAGAUUCACUAGGUUCAACCUACUCCAUCAAUGGACUCUUGGGGAUUGCUCAGCCUGGCAAUGACAGCAAGAGGAAAAUGGAUGACAGUGACCAGGACAGUUGCCGGCUGAGCAUUGACUCUCAGAGCAGUGGGAGCGGGCCGAGGAAGCACCUGAGGACCGAUACGUUCAGCCAGCAUCACCUGGAGUCACUGGACUGUCCCUUUGAGAGGCAGCACUACACGGAGGCUUACCCAUCUCCCAGCCACACCAAAGGCGAGCAGGGUCUCUAUCCUCUGCCCCUGCUCAAUAGUGCCAUGGAUGAUGGGAAGGCCACGCUGACCCCUUCCAACACACCGCUUGGCCGCAACCUCUCAGCUCACCAGACAUACCCUGUGGUGGCAGAUCCUCAUUCACCCUUCGCCAUAAAGCAGGAAACCCCCGAUGGGUCCAGUUCUAGCUCCACCCCUUCCUCUUUAUCUAGCUCGGCCUUUUUGGACCUGCAGCAAGUCGGCUCAGGGGGCCCCGCUGGUGCCUCGGUCCCAUCCUUCAAUGCUUUUCCCCAUGCUGCCUCCGUGUAUGGGCAGUUCACGGGCCAGGCCCUCCUUGCAGGGCGGGAGAUGGUGGGACCCACGCUGCCUGGAUACCCACCCCACAUCCCCACCAGUGGUCAGGGCAGUUAUGCCUCUUCUGCCAUUGCCGGCAUGGUUGCAGCAGGAAGCGACUACUCUGGAAAUGCCUACGGCCAUUCCCCCUACUCUUCCUACAGCGAGGCCUGGCGCUUCCCCAACUCCAGCCUGCUGAGCUCCCCAUAUUAUUACAGUUCCACCUCAAGGGCGAAUGCACCUCCCACCACCGCUUCGGCCUUUGACCACCUGUAGUUACCACCGGGACAGCGGGAGUAACCAUACGGCCGGCCGGCAGGAGGAUUCGGGCUGGGACAGGCCCCGGGAAGUCACACAAAGGAAUCUUUAUUUAUUACAUGAAAAAUAACCACAAGUCCAGCUUUGCAACUCCCCGUGUGGUUAAUUUAAUGAAACGUGAAAGACACAAUGACCUUGAGGAAGGCCAAGCUGUCCCCCAAGACUCCUUAAUAAGAGACAGGAGUCCUGGAGAAAGGAAAUCAUCCCAUUUUUUUAAGAGACAGAUUUGGAGAAAAAGAAACUAUGGACUGUGGCUCUCUCCCCAUUAAAGGAGAGAUGAUGGGAAGGGAAAGGCAAAAGGCUGUGGAAAGACGGAUCCUUGGCAGGAGUGGGGUGGAAGGGAACUUAGUUUCAGUGGGGUAUAGAUUUGGCUUCCCCUUGGCUUUGUAUGCAAUGUGAUGCUAACUUGGGAUACUGGGGCACUCAUGCAGACACACCCAGCCUGCCCUGGCCUCCUUCCCCUGAUGCGGAUCCUCCUCCCAGUGACUUCCCAUCUCUCUCUCCCAACCCGUCUUCCCCAGAACGGGGGCAGGGAGGAGAGAUGUACUACUCUUCUCCUCUAGUCAUCUUCUUGGGCUCCCCUUAUACCCUGUUUCAUAGGCAUGGACUGAGGGACACUCUUAUCGGACCCUCGGGCUCUUCACCGAUCUUCAUUCCUUCUGCUGAAGCGAAAGUUCUUUGAAAAGCAUAAAGUGCCCUAUGAGGUAUUCUCAUAGAUCCCUCCCCCUGACAGAUGCAACCAGCUGGGUCUGACACAGGCCUGAUACAGGCUGAGAAAGGAACAGACCAGAAGCUCUUCCAGAAGUCCCCUAGGCACCCUGGGGAUGACGGGAGAAGCAGAUUCUCCUCUGGUCAAACAUGCACUGUGUAGGGGAAGACAGAAAUCCUUUGGGAUCCAUUUCCCUAGACUGAUACAUCAUCCCUGGGUCAUGUACUCCUUCCUAAUCCCAAACAUGCCAUGUGGGAGACAUCCCUCUGAGGU